GAAAAUCAGAAAAUAAAAAAAACAUAAAUAUAUAUUAUUACAUAUAUGGUGUAUUCAUAUAUCCACUUGAUAUCUUUUUGAUAAUUUUGUGUAGUGAUGAAUGUUGAUAAUGCUAUAGUUUGUGCUAAUAUAACUAGUUUUACUCAGGGUUGUGCUGCAACAGUGCUUCUGGUAUGGACUGAUGGUGCUGAAAAUUUCUUUGCACAAUGUGCAAAUGUGGGGGACUCAGCAUGUGUUAUGAAUGCCAAUGGGAAACCGAUUAAGAUGACGGAGGACCAUAGAGUAGUUAGUCAUACUGAAAGACUGAGAAUGGAAGAAAGAGGAGAGCCACUAAGAGAUGGGGAAACACGAUUAUGCGGCUUGAAUCUUGCUCGGAUGCUUGGAGACAAGUUUCUUAAAGAGCAAGAUGCUCGGUUCAGUUCAGAACCAUUUUAUAUAUUGGUUCUAGUCUUUGUAUUAUUAGAAGGGAUAAUGUUUUUCUCUUUCUUUCCUUUGUGCCUAAAUAUAGUGAGGCUUGGACUCUACUUUGACUUUCAGAUGAUUCUCUCUUCUAUGGAUGAAUAUUCUGAUGAACUAUAA